AUGCUCCCCAGAGGAGGAGGAGCAGAGGCCCCGGACUGGCAUCUGGACAUGCGGCUGACGGGCCAGCUGGUGCUGUCCGCCGCUGCCCUGCUCCUGCUGGCCGCAGCCUACAGGCUGUACAAGUCCAGGCCAGCCCGGGCCCUGCCGCGGCAGGGGGGCGCCGAGGCCGGGGCAGAGGGGGCGGCAGGGGGCUCCGGGCAGCCUGCCGUCCAGGAGGCUGCUCCCCGGGCGCCACAGUGGGACCUGAGACGCCGCAGGGGAAGCAAGGGGGGUGCGGGAUUGCCGGGCUGCAGCUGGGAGAACACGGAGGCCUCCAGAGUCCCGGCCACCGGAGCUUCCUCCGCAGCCGCAGAAGCUGGAGAGGCUGGGAAAGCUGGGAGGAAAGGUGCUGGAGCGGAGCACGCUGGGCAGUGCCCGGACGCUGACCUGGCAGCUCCUCGGUGCGGAGGCCAGGAAGCCGGAACAGCUGUGGACGGUAGGCCCGAGCCGCCCCACCACUGCCAUCCGUGCGGCGAACCCCCAGUCCCCACCGCUGGCCUCCCCGCCGUGGAGAGCGGCCGUGUGGGCGGUGAGCUCGCUCCCUGGCGGGACAGUGGGCCCCCCAAGCAUGCAGGGGGCGGGGAGCAGGAAUCCCCCCAUGAAGGUCAGGCGGCCUGCCCUCAAGGCCGGUGUGACAUGGACAACAGCUGGGUCUUUACCCAUGCGUCAGGGGUCCACAGGGAGGAGGCGGGGGCCCUCCAGGCUGCCUCGGACCUGGGCCUGGCCCUGCGUCAGCAGGAGGGCAACUCCGAGGCCCCCCGCAGCUUCUCGUCCGUGGCCCGGGCUCGAGUAGGGGAGAGUCUCAUACCGGAGAGGGUGGAGGGGGCCAGGCCCAGGCUGAAGGCCAAGGUGUGUGGCUACUACGUGGAGUCCACCUCUCAGGCCACCUCCAGGAGCAGGCUGGCCCCCGGAUCAGCCGCCCCAGUGGGGGCUCCAGCCCCCGAGUCAGAGUCUGACCCCCUGGGAACGCGGACAGCGUCUGAAGGGCCCGCCGACGACGGAGAGGGUGGACCGGAGACCGCCGCCUCUCCCGGGCCUGUCCCCUCCCAGUCCACGCGAGGCUUCAGCCGCAAGGAGAGCCUCCUUCAGAUCGUGGAGAACCCGGAUCUUCAGCUGCAGCUCGAUGGCUUUGGGGACCCUGAUUCAUCCUGCCCAGACCAGAGUGCCCUGCGCACCCGCCCCACGUCCCAGGAUUCUCCUGAGUCCAGCUCAGCCGGAAGCCGCGGGAAACCCCCCGUGCACUCUGUGGCUGGCACCAAUUUCUUCCGCCCCCAGCUCGGCCCCGGGUCAGCCCCAGAGGUCCACCUGGAUCUGGGCAAUUGCUGCGAGGCGCUGACCUUUGCCAAGAGGGAGAACCUGGAGCCCCUGAAGGAGGCAGCCUACCAGGUGAUGAGUGACAACUACCUCCAGGUCCUGCGGAGCCCCGACAUCUACGGGCGCCUGAGCGGGGCGGAGCGCGAGCUGGUCCUCCAGCGCCGGCUCCGGGGCCGCAAGCACCUGGUGGUGGCCGCCGUGUGCCCCCAGGAAGGCUCCGGCCGCCUCUGCUGCUACGACGAUGCGCGGGACGCCUGGCGCCUGCUGGCCCGCCUGCCGCCCGAGGCUGUGUCCCGGGGCUGUUCCAUCUGCAGCCUCUUCAAUUACCUCUUCCUGGUGUCCGGUUGCCAGGGCUCGGGGCGCCAGCCCUCCAAUCGCGUCUUCUGCUACAACCCGCUGACGGACAUCUGGAGCGAGGUGUGUCCCCUGAACCAGGCUCGGCCGCACUGCCGGCUGGUCGCCCUGGACGGACAGCUGUACGCCGUCGGGGGCGAGUGUCUGAACACGGUGGAACGCUACGACCCUCGCCUGGACCGCUGGACCUUUGCGCCGCCGCUGCCCAACGACACCUUCGCCCUGGCGCACACGGCGGCGGCGAGCGGGGGCGAGCUCUUCGUCACCGGGGGCUCGCUGCGCUACCUGCUGCUGCGCUUCUCCGCCCGGGAGCAGCGCUGGCGCGCCGGGCCCACCGGGGGCGGGAGGGGCCGCACGGCCGAGAUGGUGGCGGUCAGAGGCUUCCUCUAUCGCUUCGACCUCAACCGCAGCCUGGGCAUCAGCGUCUACCGCUGCAGCGCCAGCGCCCGCCUCUGGUACCAGUGCGCCACGUACCGGACGCCGUACCCUGACGCCUUCCAGUGCGCCGUGGUGGACGAGCUCGUCUACUGCGUGGGGCGCCGGCGCACACUGCGCUUCCUGGCUGACUCCGUCUCGCCCAGGUUUGUGCCCGAAAUGCUGCAAGCCUUCCCCUCCCCGCAGGGCACCCUCCUGCCCACCGUCCUCACCUUGCCCGGUCCUGAUGUGCCCCAGACCAGGGUCUAG